AAUCCACCUGGAAGACCCACAUAAAAAGGCAAAUAACCGAGCAGCACUCUAACAUGUACUCAAACAAAAACGAGGGACCGCGCAGAGGAAGAUCUUUUGACUCCAUGAACAUCGGCUUUGAAGAAAAACUGCUGAACAAUGAGAUAAACAAAUCAACCUUCACGAAAAUUGAAGAAAACACUGAAAAGAAGAAUUCAUCAGAGAAAGGGAGAGCAACAAUUAUCUUUUCCCUCAAGAAUGAAGUUGGAGGACUGGUAAAGGCACUCAGACUCUUCCAAGAAAACCACGUCAACCUUGUCCACAUAGAGUCCAGAAAAUCCAAAAGACGCAACUCUGAGUUUGAGAUUUUUGUGGACUGCGACAGCAACCACGAACAACUGAAUGAAAUCAUCCAGCUGCUUCGAAAGCAUGUGAACGUGGUGGAUAUGGACCCUCCAGAUAACUCCUGUCUUCACGAGGAAGAUAUGUAUAAUGUUCCUUGGUUCCCAAAGAAGAUUGCAGACUUGGACAAGUGUGCUAAUCGUGUCCUGAUGUAUGGCUCUGAGUUGGAUGCGGAUCAUCCGGGUUUCAAGGACAAUGUCUACCGGAAAAGACGAAAGUACUUUGCUGAUCUUGCCAUGGCCUACAAACAUGGGGAUCCCAUUCCUCGUAUUGAGUUCACAGAGGAGGAAGUGAAGACUUGGGGAGUUGUGUACAGGGAGCUCAACAAGUUGUACCCCACCCACGCCUGCCGGGAAUACUUGAAGAACCUGCCACUGCUGUCCAAAUACUGUGAAUUUCGGGAGGACAACAUCCCUCAGCUGGAAGAUGUCUCACGCUUCCUCAGGGAACGCACUGGAUUUACCAUCAGGCCUGUGGCCGGUUAUCUGUCCCCUCGUGACUUCCUUGCUGGUUUGGCCUUCCGUGUUUUCCACUGUACCCAGUAUGUGCGGCACAGCUCCGACCCCUUAUACACCCCAGAGCCGGACACGUGCCAUGAGCUGCUGGGACACGUCCCGCUUCUGGCGGAGCCCAGCUUCGCCCAGUUUUCUCAGGAGAUUGGUCUUGCUUCACUUGGAGCUUCAGAUGACUCAGUUCAGAAACUGGCCACAUGCUAUUUCUUUACGGUGGAGUUUGGCCUAUGCAAACAAGAAGGGCAGCUGCGGGCAUACGGGGCAGGACUGCUGUCAUCUAUCAGUGAGCUUAAGCAUGCGCUCUCUGGAAAUGCAAGGAUAAUGCCUUUUGACCCCAAAGUUACAUCCAAACAAGAAUGCAUCAUCACAACAUUUCAGGAUGUUUACUUUGUGUCAGACAGCUUUGAGGAGGCCAAGGUCAAGAUGAGGGAGUUUGCCAAGACCAUCAAACGUCCCUUCACAGUGCGAUACAACCCUUACACCCAGAGUGUGGAUGUGUUAAAAGACACUCCCAGCAUCAACAGCGUGGUGGAGGAGCUUCGACAUGAGCUCGACAUCGUCGGUGACGCCCUCAGCCGGCUGAACAAGCAGCUGGGUGUCUGACCACCCACAUCCCAGUUCAAGUUAUCCACCUACGGUCCGUCAACGCUUGCUGUGUCAUCCCCAAGCACCACUGUAGAGAUACUGCUUGUGUAUCGCCCUUCGUCAGUACAAUGAAUGUGCACGGCUUUUGGCAAAAUGCCCUGUUGUCCCCACUGCAUGUUAAACGUCUUAAACAAUUCACAGAGGCACAUUAGGUAUGUUUAGCCACUGAUAUCAGUAAAUUGCACAAACCCAAAGAGCUGCUUAGCAUGACACUGUUUUGCUUCUGUAUUGCAAACAAUCGACGCGCUUUCAUGGUACAUUAGUACCCUUUUAAAACAUCCCCAGCUGUUACAAACACAGAUGUGGUUUUCUCAUCCCGUUGUUAAUUCUGCUGUUGUAUAUUAUCAUGUGAAUUUUUUGUAUUUCAUUUCAUUCUUCUUCUUCACAUUUAAUCUUCCUCACUUCAGUGAUAUGUAUAAAAUGUACCUUGUUUGUAUUCUUAUGGUGUAUGUAUUAUGUUCCUUUUUGUGUGCUGUUGAGGGAAAUCACGAAAGUGAAAACUGGAGUUAUAAGAAUGUUUUUGAGACCGAUUACGACAGAUUUGGCCCAUGCACCCUGACCUAUCUUAUUUUACAGUGAUGAUUUUGAAUACCUCCUCAUGAAGUGAAUAUAAUUGUAGUUCUCCUUAAAUCAAAACAUUAUUUUUCUACUGCAAAGAAAUAUAGACAUUAUGAGUAGGCUAUGUAUGAAACU